CCUCUUAGCUGGACUGGAAUGUGUCGGUGGGUUGCUGUUGGUCCAAACUGUUCCCCAACACGUCGAAGCACCGGCAGAUCAUCGCUGAGCGAGGUUGACCUGAGCAGGAGAGAGGAGGGAGAUCCCUGUCACCCGUCAUCGCCUCACCUGUUCGACUCCGUUAAACAGCCGCGAUGAAUCAGAGCAAAGUGGAACUUCAGCCGUUCGAAUACUCCUACUAUGACUAUUCAGACUGGUACUCGAACAACGCGGAGCCGACCACACCGCCCAAAGAAGUUAUUCUGCCAUGUGACCCAACAGCAGACGACAAGCUCUUCCACAUAUGCAUGCUGUCAAUAUCUCUGGUGAUCAUGUUGAUCCUGGCAGUUCUCACCCGGAAAAACAAGUUGUGCCAAGGAUUCACGAGAGGAUCCUCCAGUAUCUUCAGUCCGACCAACUUCCUGGACCAGACCCAGGAGAAGGGCGUGGUCAUGGCGGUCUUCGGGCUGGUGUUCAGCAGGCUGGCCGUGCUGGUGCUCGCCCCGGACCCGCUGCCUUUCUCCACAGAUACACCAGAGGAAAUUAAAGAGUACAUGAAGGUCAUCGCCAUCUUCUACUACCCGGUCCUGUACUACCCUCUGUUGGCCUGCGGAACUCUGCAGCGCAAAGCAGGUUACGCGUUCGGGGCGCUGCUCUCCUUCGGCCACUUCGGGGUCCUGGUGUGGCAGAAGUUUGACUGUCCCAAGACUCCGGAGAUCCAUAAGUACUAUGCUCUGCUCGCGAGUCUUCCUCAGCUCGCCUGCCUCGCGUAUCUGUGCGUCCAGUUCCUUCUGCUGUGCGUCAAGGGACCAAAGACAGAUGAGGACCUUGACAGCAGCUACUACUCCAAAUACGUGAAGUCGCUUCUCAAGAAGAAGUCCUCGUCUGUCAGCUCUUCAACUACAGACAAACCAACACUGGUAGAGAGAAUACUGGAGGUACCCAAGAGUUAUAUCUAUAUACCUGAAAAAGUGUUUCGUUUCCCACUAAAACUGGCGGUUUCAGCAUUUGUUGCCUUGGUGGCGAUUUAUCAUACGGCGUUGUUGCUGGUCGUCCUGGUCGUUCCCACUCUCCACAUUGUUCGUGCCGGCAUCGAUGAAAACAUCGCCUUCCUGUUACUGGGGGUUGGGAUCGUCCUGUCAGACGACAGGAUGGAGGUCGUCAAGAUAGUGACCUUUUACACUUGGUUGCUGGAAGUGUGCUACCUCUGUGCGAUGACCCUGUCUUGUUUGGUCAGUCUUGUCAUGCUCAUGAGGUCCUUGGUUCUCCACAGGUCAAACCUGAAAGGACUGUACAAGGGCGACAUUUACAACAUUUAUAACAGCGGGAAGACCAUCUGUCCAUCCAAACCGGGUAUUGUCUGUUGGAUGGGCUUGACAGGAUACCAGGCUGCAAUCGUUUGCCUCGGAAUGGCGAUCCAGACCAUUGUGUUUUUCAUCUGCUUCUUGUUCCUGGUGUUUUUGAUCAUCAUCCCGGUUUUUCAUGGCCGCAACAUCUUCGUUUUUGAAAUUGUACGAAAGGCAUGGCCGGCCUGGGUCACACUGUUGCUGGUCACAUCGCUUCAACAUGUGACUGCUAAGUUUGCUUUCAUCAAAAAAGAAGCUGGAACCAGAGACUUGAAUAACAGAGACAGUCUGUUCCUCCUGACCUACCUGCUCUUCCUGGUCAACACCUUCAUGGGUCUUAUAGUCGCGAUAUGGAGGAUUGUGAUAACAGCUUUGUUCAACAUCCUCCACCUCGGUCGUGUUGACAUCAGUCUGCUGCACCGUACUGCAGAGUCCCAUGACCCAGCCUACCGAUACUACACCCAGUACUUGAGGGUGGAGGUCAGCCAGUCACACCCGGUGAUGAAGGCGUUCUGUGGGCUGCUGCUGGACAUGAUGGUGGAGGGGGGCAGAGCUGGACAGAACAUACGAGACGCAGAGGAAGGGAUUCAGGUGACGACGCCGGGCAAGACGACCAGCGGCAGGAUCCGCGCCCGCUGGCAGCUCCUGUACACGCUGGUGAACAACCCGUCCCUGCUGGGCUCCAGGAAGCACUUCCAGACACUGCAGACGUCCGAGGGGGUCCUGAACGGCACCCCCAGCCGCAGAUCCAAGAAAGGCAGCAAGAAGGAGGCGGCGGAGGCGGUCCCGUCCACCGACGCCCCAACAAAUCAAGAUAAAACUGAGUGAGACACAACAGGGUCGGUAGUUUACUCCGAACAAAGUCAUAUUACUUAUGGGGCUGUGAACUAAACAGUGUACUUAGUGUAACUUCUGGUCCGGAGGAACAUGUUGGUGUCUGUUCAGAUUCAACUCCAAAGUUCAGUGCAAGAAGUGAAUGUGGUUAUACUUUAAAUUAGACCAUUUGAUUAUUUCUUGAUGAUUUAGAUUUAGAUUCCCACCACAUCACCUGAGAGGUUCAACGGUCCUGUAAAACCCCAGAUAAAGUACAAAUCAUACUUUUAUUUUUAUUUUUACAUUUUAAAGUGUUUUAACGUCCUCUUUUUUGGAGAAUGGUAUCCAUGGUAUGAGUUAGGUUCGGGAAAGUUCAAACCUGUCGUUUUGUUCUUGUGUGUGUGGACACGUCCAAUGUGACAUUGUUGAGUCGAGAGUCUUUAAUCAGGUACAUGGUGGCGAUGUACCUGAUUAAAGACUCUCUCCAGAAGUGAAUUAUUUAUACUUCACAUAAGUGGUUGAGUGUCUCGUGGAAAAAGUGUCCCAAGAGUGAUCUCCUCAGCUAAAGCAGUUGUAUGAACCAGGGAACCAACUUAAAAUGGUGUCAUGCUUGUGUAAUAGUCUAGCAAAGCCUUUUGGUAGAUUCACAUUCACACAGUACAGACUGACAGUGCCGAUCAAUGUCAGCAUCACCACUGGAGUGGAGGGUCGAGAAGAGGUCGUACAGUCGUCUAUUUUUGGCCUCAGGUUAAUGUCGACGCUCAGCAGACGCUGGUUCUCCAGAUUCAAUAUAACUGCUGCAAUGAACAUAAAUACUCAUGUUGCGUCACAUUGUCACGAAUUAAGACGAGAGAUUACAGAUUUCUGUUAGUUGAUGCUUUUUAUUUCCUAUAUGCUCUUUCAAUGGAUAUACAGAUACAAAAUUACCUACUGUAACAUGUGACUGCAGAAGAAAAAUAAAAGGCUCAAACAAG